GUAAAAACAACUGGCCAAGACAGCUAGUUAAAACAACAGAAGCUGUUGCAUCAACUGCAGACUCUUCAGCAUCACUUACUCAAUCAAAUGUGGUGGAGUAUACAACUCCAGUUACUGCAACACCAGGCAGCUCGGCAACUCCUCGGACUGUACGGAGCAAGAAGGCACCUCAACAGCUACCUUGACAACUAGACAGACAGAAGCCAGGUUGGGUAGUAGAUCGAGAAAUGCAAGAUCGCCAAAGAACAGGAACACUUUUAGUGCCUGGAUCCAGAACUUAUGAAUGUCAAACAGGAAACUGUUCAAUUCUCUUUCUCAGGAGGGGAAACGGAAACGGCUGUUGAAGCUUUAUGAGAAAAGUGUAGGGCACUCUGUUGUAGCUGCUGAGAGAGAUGUUUCCAAUGAUCCAAAUCCUGGGAGUCAACUUCAACCAUUAUCGUGUAAUAGUGCCACUGGAUCAUCAUUUAAUAGUGAACCUUCUGAAAGUAAUGAUAGGGCCUCAACAUCGAACCAGGUUUUUGAGUUGUUGGAUCAAUAUCCUUUAUCAUACGGUUCAGACAGUGAUGACUGCUUUGAUUCCAAGUUUCAAAUGGAAGAGCUCAAAUCUGAAUUAGCUAACUGGUCUGUUCAGUUUAGCAUUACAAAUGUGGCAUUGACAGCUUUGUUGUGUAUUCUUCGAUCACAUGACUGCUUUAAAUCUCUUCCAUCAGAUGCAAGAACUAUUCUAAAGACUCCAAGAUGCAUUCAAGUAAAAAAUGUAAGCUCUGGCCAGUACUGCCACAUUGGUAUUUCAAACCAGUUAAAGAAAAUGUUUGCUAGUGCACAACAUAUUUUCAGUUCUUUACAGCAUAUUGAUUUAAUGAUUGGAAUUGACGGAUUACCUUUACUUCACAGUAAUAGCGGUGAGCUGUGGCCAAUUUUAGGCUCUGUAUUAAAUAUUCCAUCCUUGUCAUCAACUGUUUUUCCUAUUGGCAUUUAUUUUGGAUUAAAGAAACCCAGUAGUUGUUUUGAAUUUCUAAAUGAUUUUGUAGAAGAAAUUGUUGGCCUAAUCAGGAAUGGUUUAAUUUGUAAUGGCAAAAAUAUAGCUGUCAGGAUCAAGGGAAUUUGUUGUGAUGCCCCUGCCAAAGCUUUUAUUUUAGGCAUUAAAGGUCACAACAGAUAUUUCUCGUGCACCAGAUGUAAACAGGAAGGGUCUUUCUUUGAUAAUAGGAUGACUUUUCCUAUAUUUGACAGUCUGCCUCGUACCCAUGAGGGAUUUGUAAACAAAGAAGACACAGAAUUCAAUACUGGUGACACCUCAUUGACCACCAUCCCUAGUCUGCAUAUGGUAUCAUCUUUCCCACUUGACUAUGUGCACUUAGUGUGUUUAGGGGUAAUGAGAACAAUGAUUUAUGUUUGGAUGUUUGGACCUGCCCCUUUAAAACUACCUAGUAGGAUUAUUGAUAGUAUAAGUUCUAAUUUAUUAUCUCUAAAAGCAAGCAUUCCAGUAGAAUUUUGUAGAAAACCCCGAGGUCUUGAUGAAGUGAAAAGAUGGAAAGCUACAGAAUUUAGACAGUUUUUGCUUUAUACUGGACCACUUGUAUUGUACGAUAUUUUGUUGCCUGAACAGAAAGAAAUUUAUAACAACUUUUUAUCUCUCUAUAUUGCCAUGACCCUACUCCUCAGCAAAAAAUUUUGUUAUCAACACCAGGAAUAUGCCAAAGGUCUUCUUCUUCAUUUUGUACAAACUUUUCAAUCAUUAUUUGGGCAGAAGUAUAUAACACACAAUUUUCAUGGACUGAUUCAUAUUGCUGAUGAUAUAUCAGUAUUUGGCCCCUUAGAUGGAUGCAGUACCUUUAAAUUUGAAAUUUUUUUAUUUUCUCUGAAGAAAUGUGUUAGAAAAGGAAAUAAACCUUUGCAGCAAGUUGUGAAACGUUUAGCUGAAAUUUCUAACUCCACCAUUAGUCCAGUCAGUGACAAUGAAGUCAAUGAACUUUAUCCAAUUUUCGAAUGUCAACAUUAUUCUGGACCUGUUUUUGAUGGUUGUAAUCCUGAUCAGCAGUACAACACAGCAAAAUUUAAAAAUUUUAAAAUAACUACAUCAACUCCAAACUCAUGCUGUAUGAUGAAUGAUGGAAGUAUUGUUAUUGUUGAAAACUUCAUCUAUUCCAAUUCCUUGUGUACAAUGGUCAUUCUUUGUAAACAGUUUAUGACUGUUUGUGAUUUUUUUGGACUUCCUUUUUGUAAAAGUUCAGAUGUUAAUAUUACUGUUGUACGAAAUAUGUCUGAUGUACACAUAAGGCCAGUCUCUGACAUUAAGGAGAAACUGGUGCUUUUAACACUAGGCAGUAAAAAUGUAACACUACCUCUGCUGCAUACAUUAGAGUGGACUAAUACAAGUGAUAAACAAUUCACUUCUACAGGAUUUUCUGAAAAAUUAUCAGGAAACAAACUAAAAACUUUGGGAAACAUCCAGAGUUUUAUUCAUCCACAAAUUUAUCCAGGAAAUGGAGCUGACAAAUGAAAAAUACAAAUUUGCCAUAGUAAAAUUUCCUGAAGAAGAUGAUGCUCUAGGAAUAAUAGCCUUAUGCUGGAUUCAGAAUGAUGGGACCACAUGUUUAUACCCACCUGUGACCACUGAUAGCAAAAGAAAUAAAUUAUUGAGGGAAGAAGCCUUACCAUUACAAUCCUGGAGUUCUCAUAAGAUAUCUUUAAUGAAAAAAUAUGGUAAGUAAACUGGUUUUAAAUACUAUAGGCUUAAUUUUACAAUAGCCGACACAUGCAUAGCUGAGACUCGACCAAUGUUGGCAACAGCACUUUCUUCCCAGGAAUAUUGUUAGCCAAUAGAGUGAUAGAGGACAAGGGUAUUACAUCGAGAACCUGUCAACCAUAGAGGAGGAACAGCGUGAAUUCACUUUUCAAAAUGUGCCACAAAUUCAGAGUGCUAUGUUAAAACAAUGUUGCCAACUUUCUGCACUAUGCAUGUCGGCUAUUCUAAAAUUUUACCUUACCUAAUCUAAGUAAAUCCUAAUGUCAUUUGAUCUCAAGAAUCUAAUGUUAUUAAAACUCAGUUACAUAUAGUUUGUCAGUUUGAGUUUUUUUUUCUUGAAAUCUAAGUCACAUCAUAUAAAUUUAUAUCUAAGCUUGUAUAAGUGCGAGAAAUAGAAAAAUUGUAUUAUUCACAGUUUAGUUUUUGGAAAAACCUUCUUUUUGAAUUUCCUACAAUUUCCAUCAAAAAACAUGUAUUUUUAUUAUUACAUAGGUCAAACUGUGUAAAGUUCACUUUCAUAAAACAAUUUUAGUGAUGCAGUACAUUUGAAUUAGGCUUAUAGUUACUUUGAGCCUGUUGUGGCAAUUUAAUGUCAUGCAGUACCAGUAAAUGUAUUUAUGCUUACUGACAACUGUUAUUUCCACCAAUAGCUUUUGACAAGGCUAUUUUCUCUAUGAGAUGAAAUUGCAGUUAGAGCUGUACACAAAUUAAAUUUAUUCUUUGUAUGAAUUGUAACAACAUACAACGAUGCAAGAGAGCAUCUUCGAAAAGCUGAAGAAACAUCAAACCUCGAAAGUGAAGAAGAAAUUGGGGUGAAGAGAAAAAGGAAGGCAAAAGAC